AUGGGCGAAUACAUCGAAGAUGAGAUCAGCCUUCAGGAGUCGUCACCGACAUUCGGCAAGGCGCUUCUGAAAGAAUUCCUCCUCGACCCGUCUUAUCGAAACCUGAACCACGGCUCCUUCGGCGGCAUCCCCCGCCGCGUCCGAAAAGCGCUCCGGGACUACCAGGACAAGACCGAGGCCCGUCCCGACCCCUUCAUCCGGUACACCUACCACGACCACCUCCGCGAGUCCCGCCAGGCCGCCGCGGACCUCCUCAACGCGCCCCUCUCGGCCGUCGUCUUCGUCCCCAACGCCACCGUCGCCAUCAACACCGUCCUCCGCAACCUCCCCUGGAACCCCGACGGCCUCGACGAGAUCCUCUACUUCAACACCAUCUACGGCGCCUGCGGCAAGACCAUCGACUACAUCGUCGACACCCGCGGCGGCCUCGUCUCCCACCGCGCCAUCACCCUCACCUACCCCCUCGAAGAUGACCAGAUCGUCGCCCUGUUCCGGGCCGCCGUCGCCCGUGGCAGAAGCGAGGGCAAACGCCCCCGCGUCUGCGUCUUCGACGUCGUCUCCAGCCUCCCGGGCGUCCGCUUCCCCUUCGAGGCCGUGACCGCCGCCUGCCGCGACCUCGGCGUCGUCAGCCUCGUCGACGGCGCCCAGGGCAUCGGCAUGGUGCCCCUCGACCUCGCCGCCCUCGACCCGGACUACUUCUUCACAAACUGCCACAAGUGGCUGCACGCCCCGCGCGGCAGCGCCGUCUUCUACGUGCCGGAGCGCAACCAGCACCUCAUGGCGUCCACGGUGCCGACCUCCCACGGCUACGUCCCGCGGUCCGGCGCCGCGCGCUUCAACCCCCUCCCCGCGGGGCCCGAGUCGCCGUUCGUGGAGAACUUCGGGUACGUCGGCACGCUCGACAACAGCCCGUACCUCUGCGUCAAGGACGCCAUCGAGUGGCGGAGGAGCAUCGGCGGCGAGGAGGCGAUUCUGCGGUACACGUGGACGCUGGCGAAGGAGGGCGGUAGGAGGGCGGCUGCCGUUCUGGGCACGUUCGUCAUGGACAACAAGGCCGGGACGUUGACCAAGUGUUGUCUGGUCAAUGUGGCGCUGCCGAUGGUGAUGAGGAAGGACGGCGACGCUCCGUCGACGGGGCCGGACGGCACGGUUGCGGUGCCGGAACAGCUGGCUUAUCCUGUGGUCAAUUGGAUGGUUGAGACUUUGGUGAGUGAGUAUCAGACUUUUGUUGCGUUAUUUUGGCAUGAUGGGCGGUGGUACGCUAGGUUGAGCGCGCAGGUGUAUCUCGAAGAGGAGGACUUUGAGUGGAUUGGUCACACUUUGAAGGAGUUGUGUCAACGGGUCAGCAAACAUGAGUACAACUCAAACCACAAGCAUGAUGCAUGA